CACUGUCCACAUCUCCCUACCAAGAUAUACGAUAAAACAGACAAACCAUGUCUUCUCUCUGAGUACACCGAGAACUACCCGCUUUACCACUCUUACCUGCCCAGAGACUCCUUCAAGCCCAGGCGGGAGUAUCAGAAAGGGUUGGUACCCAUGGAAGGCCUGAGCACGGCAAGGAGGGAUUUUGGGCCUCAUAAAGUGGGACCAGUGAAGGCCUACCAGCACAAGCCAUAUGUCCCAGCUGAAGAGAAUAUGGAUUUGGUCACAACAUACAAACAAGAUUACAACCCUUACUCCAUCUGCCGAACGGACCCCAUCAAACCUCGGGAUAGUAAAUAUCCAUGUGGUGACAAGAUGGAGUGCAUGCCUACUUAUAAAGCUGAUUAUUUACCUUGGCAACAACCCAGACGAGAGCUGCUUCGUCCACAACACCACCAUCGGCCUGCAUCCAGCAAGUUUGAUAGCAGAACCACGCACCAGGAUGACUACCCCUUAAAGGGCCUCGUGCACACCACGAGCUGUAAGCCUCCGCCUGUGCCAAAACUCUGCAACAUCCCCUUGGAGGAUCUGACUAACUACAAGAUGAGCUACGUGGCCCACCCUAUGGAGAAGCGCUUUGUGUAUGAGGCAGAGAAGUUCAAGCCCUGUGAAAUCCCCUUUGAAAGCCUAACUACCCACAAAGAGUGCUACCGGGGCCUCCUGGGGGAGCCUGCCAAGAGUUCGAAACCUCCAGCCAGGCCCUCUGGACUAGAUACACCUUUCUCUAACACCACUGAGUUUCGAGAUAAGUACCAAGCUUGGCCAACACCCCAGAUCUUCUCCAAAGCUCCCAGUGCAUACGCCCCUCCCGAUGAGAAGAUGGAUCUUCUGACGACAGUACAGGCCCAUUACACAUACCCGAAGGGUGCCCCGGCGCAGUCCUGCCGACCGGUUCCCUCGAUUAAGAAGAGCUGCCGCUUUGAAAGCUCCACCACUACCAAGGAUGACUACAAGCCGUGGGCCAACAAGCGCGUGGAGCUAACCAAGCCCAGUCACCAGCUGAACCUUCCCACGGAGCCCUUGGACUGCUUGACCACCACUCGGGUGCACUAUGUGCCCCACCCACCCAGCAAUACCAAAAGCUGUAAGCCCCCCUGGUCUGGCCCUCGAGGGAAUGUCCCUGUGGAGGGCCAGACCACCUACGCCAUCAGCUUUACUCCCAAGGAUAUGGGCAGGUGCCUAGCUUCGUAUCCUGAGCCUCCUGGCUAUAUCUUUGAGGAAGUGGAUCCUCUGGGGCACAGGAUGUACAGGCCGGUCUCCCAGGUGGGCUCUCGGCAGAGCAGCCAUGUUUCCAUGGGUGAUGCGGAAAACCCCAACCAGAAGGAAUUGUCAGUGUCAGCCUGA